AUGUCGUCAGACCCAAGGCGCGUCUCGCUGUUCAAUCGAUGGCAACAGAAGCAAACUGAUGUACCAACUGGCCUGGAGGGUAUAAAUGAAGAGGAACUUAUUGAAUACAAGGAAGCUUUCCGGCUGUUCGACAAGGACGGAAAUGGCUCGAUUUCCUCCAAAGAGUUGGGUGUUGCUAUGCGCUCUCUCGGCCAAAAUCCUACUGAGCAAGAACUUUUGGAUAUGGUGAACGAAGUUGACAUUGAUGGAAGUGGAACAAUUGAUUUUCCCGAGUUCUGCCAAAUGAUGAAGAGAAUGAAUAAGGAGAACGACAGUGAAAUGAUUCGUGAAGCGUUCCGCGUCUUUGACCGCGACGGCAACGGCUACAUCACUGCAGAAGAGUUUCGUUACUUCAUGACACAUAUGGGCGAACAAUUUAGCGAUCAAGAAGUUGACGAGAUAAUUGCAGAAGUUGAUAUAGAUGGUGACGGCCAGCGUGUAGCAGCACGAGCCGCAGGGAACCAAGAACUCACACCCGAGCUCGCAAGGUUUUGCACAGAGGCGAUAAAGGAAGACCUUAAAGAGAGAAGAGCAGAAGUGCUGGCUGAAACUGCCGAGGCGGGGAAAAGCAUUCGCCAUGCCCGUAGAGACUUCGCCAGUCGCAAGACGAGGCUGACUGCUCUCCGAAACCCAAAGGGAGCAACCAUUGCAUCGAGAAGGGAGAUGGAGAAAAUCAUCUACGACUUCUAUUCUGAUCUCUUCGACAGCCAUGUCCAUUUGCCCAAUCAAUAUCUGAGGGAAGAUGGACAUGUCAUUCUAGAGGUUCUCCCGUCCGAAAUACGACAUGCUAUCAUGUGGAUAAAUCGUGCGGCACCCGGUCCCGACAGAAUAAGACCAAAACACCUGAAGAACCUUCCGCCAGUACUCAUCAACACCCUGGCGAGGCUCUUCCCCCAUGACACAUGA